GGAUGACAUAAACACGACUAGUGCAUGGUUGGAGGUCCGCGGAUGUACUUUACGUACAUCCGACGGGCAGCUUUGACAAAAGUGACGGCGGUCGCCUCUUCGCUCCAGCUAAUUUACCACCACCGGACCGCGAAUGAUUGCACGCUGACCACUUUCUUUCGCGCAUUCUCUCUGGCCUGUCAAUUGUCCAGCCCUCACAUUCCCGCCCCCGGCCUUUCACCACCGCAACCAUAGCUACCGAACGAGCACCGGGCGUGGUGGCUUAUAUGGCCGCCCACGACAGAGUACCAGCUCCUGUAGAAGAAGUUGAAUACGACUAUGAAUCUCUACCGCCCAACUACUCUCUCGCCGCGAACAUGCUGGCAGGCGCGUUCGCUGGCAUCGCCGAACAUUCGGUGAUGUAUCCGAUUGACCUGCUCAAGACCCGCAUGCAAGUUGCCAACCCUUCGCCGACUGCGAUGUACACGGGAAUUUCGAAUGCCAUGAUCACAAUCACAAGGCUGGAGGGGUUCCGGACAUUGUGGCGAGGCGUGUCGAGCGUGGUGCUAGGGGCUGGACCGGCGCACGCCGUUUACUUUGCAACAUACGAAGCGGUCAAGCAUGCAAUGGGCGGAAAUGAGGGAGGAAAGCAUGAGCAUCACCCUAUUGCUGCUGCUGUAAGCGGUGCAUCUGCGACGAUUGCCAGCGAUGCGCUCAUGAACCCCUUCGAUGUCAUGAAGCAGCGGAUGCAGCUUCACGGAUCGACCUACAAAUCCCUGCAACACUGCGCGAGCUCGGUGUUUCGCAACGAGGGCGUUGGUGCAUUCUACGUGUCGUAUCCUACGACGCUGUGCAUGACGGUGCCGUUCACGGCGCUGCAAUUUGUCGCGUACGAGUCAUUAUCCAAAACGAUGAACCCGACAGGCCGCUGGGACCCUUACACGCACUGCACCGCGGGCGGUCUUGCCGGAGGCGUCGCUGCGGGCUUCACGACGCCGCUCGAUGUCAUCAAGACACUGCUGCAAACUAGAGGCACUGCCACCGACCCGGAGCUCCGCAAUGUUCGGGGCUUGGUGCAGGCCGCGGCCAUUAUCAAGCGCCGGGACGGGUGGGGAGGUUUCUUCAGAGGACUCAAGCCUCGGAUAGUGACGACGAUGCCCAGCACGGCGAUCUGCUGGACGGCCUACGAAAUGGCAAAGGCAUUCUUCAUCGCGCAAGGCCAGGAGUAGGAUAUUUGUUUCACUACGAGGCAUAGAAGGGUGUCCGGGCUGGCGUUUACGAAUCAAAAUAUGUAGGAUAGACGGAUAGCUAGCUAGAGUAGUUACAGUAAUGGACCAGCAUCCUGGCGCCGCU